AUGAAGAACUUCAAAGGUGAAUAACCCUUUCAUUUUAAAACUUUGUCAUUUCAGAUUAACAGGGUCUGAGCCACUCACACUCGAAGAGGAACAUAAAAUGCAACGAAGCUGGCUUGAAGAUGAAGACAAACUCACCUUCAUCGUUUUAUCACGAGAGUUAUACGAUGAUGGGAUACCACAGGUUUAUUUAUUGUUCAAAUUUUUUUAAAAUUGUGAUAAAAUCACAUAAAUAAUUGACAAUGAAGCUCAUAUUCGAAGAUUGCGUGCAUGGUUGGAGACGUCAAUCUGUUCAUAAAUUGGGAAGAAAGGAACGCCGAAGUUGAAGUUAUGAUUGCUGAACCGUCAGCUCGUCGCAAAGGAAUAGCUUUGGAAGCAGUUUCUCUUAUCAUUUCUUACGGCAUCAGAGUAAGUCGUUACGAAUGAUUCUCGGACAUCAAGUUAUUCAGAAAUUCAACUUAUUGAAGUUCACGGCGAAGAUUGUUGAGGACAACGAGGCAAGUAUGAAACUUUUCGAGAAACACCUACAUUUCAUUCGUGUGUCACACAGUUCUGUGUUCAAAGAAUUCACUUUGGAACUCCCGGCCUCCGAAUUCCCUCAAUUUGACCAAUACAUUGAUAGUGCAGAAACUUUACAAUAUUUUGAAAAAUAAGAAAUUUUGAGUUGCAAACGUUUAUCUGAGAUUUAUUGGAAGAGAAGAAAAUAACAAAAAAAGAAAAUAACCGUUAAUUCAUUAAAAUGACAGCAAGCGAUCAUUGUCCAAACAUCGAUCCGCAAAAGCAGAAUUUCUGA